AUCCCAGUAUUCAAUGUGGAUGGCAUAGCCAAUAAAGGAGGGAAAAUCAUGGACAAAGCAUGCCUGCUAAUAAGAAUGAUGAACAACAAAGGAGACUAUCAUGAUGAACAAUGCAAACUACUUACUACCAACCUAGAAGGAGAAAACAUCAUUUUGGAGACAGACUGGCUACACGAGCAUAACCCACAAAUUGAUUGGAUAAAGAACUGCCUCACGUUCUCU